AUGCUUCCUCGAGGAGUACCCCCGUAUCCGGGUCCCCUAUACAUGCCGCCCGAACAACAUUAUGAGUUGGUGGAGGCGCGCGCGUUGAUUACGGAGCAGGGCGAUCGCAUUCUGUUUGAGGAGGAGAUUACGCUGAAUGUGGAUUUUGGGACGGGGGUGGAGGAGAGACAUGUGGAGGGCUGUGUGUGUGUGGUUUGUGGGGAGGUGGAGAGGGGGAUGGGGAGGAGGACGGUUAUUACUGGGGGGGUUGAGGGUGAGAGGGGCUGGGGGGGUGAGGAGGAGGGUGAAAAGGGUGAGAAAGGUGGAGAAUUUGUUUGUGCUGAUGAGAAGAGAGACGAUGAUCAUGAUGAUAAUGAUCAUGAUGGAGAGUGUUUAUUUGUCGGCACGGGAAAAAUGUCCCAAGUAAAGAUAUCCAAGCCUCUGAGUCCAGAAAUACACAGAAUGAGAAGUAGGAAGCCAGCCGGCUCCAGCACGGCGAGCAUCUCGACCGUCUCAAGCAUGCCAGCCAUGCAUGCAGAUGAGUUGGAAAAGCGCAAUGCAUCUCUUGGGCAGGAUUGCGAGUACCAAGUAAGCGAAAUGGAUAGUUCUGAAGAAACUGAACACAAUUCUUCGGGUGUUGCAAUUGCUUACUCGCAUGCGCCUUCUCCCUCAUCGCGUUCUGGAGAAAAUGUUUCGCGCGAGAGAGGAAGGGGUGUUGGUCAGAGUUUACACGCGACUUGGGAUUCGCGGGUCGAGAAUAAGGAUUGCUGGUCUGAUACGGCUAGAGAUGAGGUAGCAGGAAGUCUUUCCAAGAGAAGUCUAUCAACCGGUAGAAGCAGAGAUAAAGAAAGAGAAAGUGACAGCAGUGCAGGUCUUAACUCAAGCAAGGCAUGGAACUUUGCUCAGAGUCUCAGCAGACGGAGCAAUAACUCGGGACAUUCGACACAAACAAUCCGACCUGCAGAAGGUGACCAUGUCAUGCUCGGAGCACAAAUGGAUGGGAGUGGGUCUCCAGACCAGCAUUCUUCAUUCGAGGAAGGCGAAAGUCUAAACAUGAGUUUUCGAGGCGACGAGGAUAUCAUGGAGCCUAGAGAUGGCGCACGACCAUUCAUUGGCCCGCGACGCAAUCCCGAGAUCCACGAUUUCCCCAGAUUCGACCCCCAACAAUUUACUCCGAGUAAGAACACACACGCGGCUCCCCAUAAAUCACGGAGAAGAUCAGGCUCGGAAUCCGACGUUUCGACAUUGGGCCCGCAGGAAGCGCGCUCACGGUCUCCUUCUCUGCGAUCGCGUCAUUAUAGUUCCCGCGGCUCGUUCUCGCUCAAUUGGGAUAAUAUUUCUUCGGAUACCGUGUAUCACAAGCAUGCGCGACGCUUCUAUCAGAAUCCCGCCGCGUACGGCGCGGAGAUCCCGGGGUAUAAUCCCGAGACGGAUAAUCCGUAUUUGGCGUAUGAUCGGUAUCAGGAAGUGAGUGAGUGGGCGGAUAGCACCGAGGAAGCGGAUCCCGAUCAUGUGGUUGCAUUGACGACGAGGGAAUUGAAAAGAUUGUGUGGGGCGGAGAUUCGGGUUCCGUUUGAUUUUGUUCCUGAGGGGUAUGUUAAUCCUCCUCCUUCGAGAGCGGGAAGUGUGGUGGGUGAUGGUGGGGAUGUUGUUACGAUCUUGGAGAUGCAUGAUGAUGGUGAUGAUGAUGAUGAUGAAUUGGGAUCGGAACCGAGACAUAAAAAUUUGGUUGAUCUUCUGGGAAUGCCGGGAUGGGCUCAUGAGUGGGAGGAUAUGACGAAGAUGCAGAGACAUUUUCACAUUGUUGCAGCGGGAGAUUGGAGAAUGGGCCCGGCGUUUGAUGUCAAGAGUAAUUAUUCAGAUUAUUUUGGAGUGCCCUUGUUUGAACCGAAUGAUGUUGGGCUGAAUGGGGUUAAUAGGAGAGAGGUGCGUGGAUUGGAGAUUCCAGGCUUGAAGGAAUUGGAGUUGAGGUUUAGAUUGGAGGGUUGUGAGGGAGAACGUGAUGGGCAUAAGGAGAGACGUCAGCGGAGAUGUUCUGAUGAGGAUGUCAAGACUGGAAGUCCGACGGAAUAUGAUAGUGAUGGUUUUCUAUACGAUGAUGAUACAGGUGGAGAGGCUACAGGAAAUUUUGAUCCGACAGAAUCCACAGGUUCCGAGGCGAAUCGAUUCUCUCGCCGUCCGUCUGAGGUAUCUCUGAGCAAUAGAUCUGGCGAUGGAUCUGAAGAAGGAGAUUAUGCGGGUUCGAUUGUUGAAGGAUAUGACAUUACUGAUGAUCAUCGCACUGGCGCCAACAUCAACAUACGCACCAAUGAUAGUUUCCGAGGACACAUGGCACGUAGCUAUACCUUCAACAGCAGAUCCGGUCAAGACAUAUUAGCGCCAUCAAAUGCAGACAGUAUCGUCAGCGAAGAACCAUACGACACCGACGACGACGAAGACUACGAAAGUGACGAUGGAGUAUCUGCCAAUUAUUCUUUCGGCAAUUCCUCAUACCAUGGUACGGAAUGUCAAGAAGAUUACGCAAUCGGUACAUCGAAAUUCGUACCCCAUGCUUUCCAACUUUAUCCUCCCUAUGAAGCAGCUAGUGAUUGUACGACAAUUGGUAUUGCGCCUUCGAAAAGAGAAACUACGCGUCCUGCGUCCUGGGAUGCGGAUUUCAUGGAAGAUAUACUCGGCUAUUCCGUGCACGAAGAAACCCACAAACCCCAUGAUCCGACUGCGGAAAUGGUGAUAAUGAGUUACUUGGAUCCUGUUCCCACAUCUCGAAGAUCUUCAUCGAGAUCGCGAUCUUCGACAGGUUCACUGACACCGGUUCCGUCGCCAACAAAAUCUGCGAAAACUACUAGAUCUUUCGUCCCGACUGUGAAAUCGCUUUCCCGAGCUUUCGCGAAAAAUAGAUCGCUCCCCCCAACACCAGAAGACGCACCAUGCGAGGCCUUCUCGAAACCCGGAUCCAAGAGCGCAAGCUCCCUCCGCAAAUCCUCUCUCUCAACCGCCAACAUCGCCAAACUCAAUAACCACAAACCCAGAGAAAAACCUUCCCUCUCCAAACCCCCCAUCAAACUUAAACCCAAACACAAACCCCUCCUCCGUCUCCUCCCCCGCAAAUCCAAGACCCCCGCCCCACCCAGCUCCACCUCCUCCAGCAACUCCAACACCUCCUACGUCGAUCUCACGCGUUCGGGCUCCGCAUACGCGGUGCCCCCCGCGCAAUCCCUCAUUCUCUAUCUGCACGGCCGCGGAUUGAGCGCAGAUCACAUCGCGUACGUGAUGCAGACGCUCGACGAGAAAUUCCUGUACGAUUCGAAUUCGAAUUGGUGGCCGCUGGAUCACGGAUCGUGUGUUUCGACGACGCAACCGAUGACUUAUUUGCAUCCGGCGGGAAAGACUCCGCUAUCUGCUAUUCCCCUCUGCGCUGAUGCUGCUCCGUCUUCUCAAGCUCUACCUCCUCAAAAAAUAAACCCAAAUUUAAACAAGAACGCAAACACAACACCAAUUCGUUUCCCGUCCCAUACCCUCUUCACCCCAUGCACCGUCUCCCAAGUCCUGCACCGAUGCACCAGAGAAGAAGAAUGGUGGGAGGUAGCCAACGCGCGCGAUGCGGAUGGGAAAAAACUCCCAGGGAGUUUCCGGCGGUUGAAAAAGGGGAUGCGGGUACGCAAGGCGCGGGGGCUGGUCCGCAAGACGGUGGAGAAUUUUUUGUGGUGGAGGAUUGGUGGGGGGGUGGGCGUGCCGCAUGGGAAUUUGAUGAGGGGGUAG